AUGAAAAAAACAAGCUACAGUUGCUUCUUACUGAUCAUCCUUCUAAUUAGAAUGGUUCCAAGUCUUUCUUCUACUGUAAAUUAUACUGAUGCUACAUUAGAGCCUGUAGUAACUGAAAAUUCAGUCAUACGACAGAAGAUAAUAGAUUCACAGUUCAAAUGCUAUGAGAGGAUGAACAGAGCUCCUCCGUAUAAGAAAAAAGGUCUGUUCUGCAACAGAACCUGGGACGGCUGGUUGUGCUGGGACGACACACCUGCUGGAAGAAUCACUGCUCAGAAUUGUCCGGAUUAUUUUCCAGACUUUGAUCCGACUGAGAGGGCUUCAAAAUACUGUGAUGAAACUGGAAACUGGUUCCGCCAUCCUGAGAGCAACCGAACUUGGUCCAACUAUACCCUGUGCAACUCUUUCACCUCUGAAAAAUUGAAGAUGGCGUUCAUACUUUAUUAUAUGGCGAUUGUUGGCCAUGCUUUGUCUAUAACAUCCCUGUUGAUUUCCUUGGCAAUUUUCUUCUAUUUCAAGAGCCUCAGCUGUCAAAGGAUAACACUGCAUAAGAAUUUGUUUUUUUCUUACGUGCUGAACUCCAUGUUUACAAUUGCCCACCUCAUUGCUGUUGUACCUAACCCAGGCCUUGUAAAAAGAGAUCCU